CGGGACAUUUAAUCUAACAUCCGGGAAUGUGGUUUGUAAGACCCUCGAGGGUGGUAGCACACAUUGCUCGCUCGCCAUUUUGAAGUAGCCGUAUUUCGAAGACGAAAAGCUCGAACCCCCCUCUAAAAAACUCCAUCGGCGAAUCACUUCCGUUCGAAAGUCUCAAACAUUUUCACUUCCUGUUCUCUGAAAAAGUUUCUGCAAUACCAAUGAAUCUCGUUUAGCAUGGAUUUAGGCGAUGAAGCCAGUCUGCAUGAUCAUGGAUUAGAGAAUGGUGUGGUUUCAACCACUGCCGCCGAACUUGCUCACGUUUUGGACCCAAAUACAGUCAUUUCUACGUCUUCUGGAGAACGUGUAAGUUUGACAACUACUGGACUAGCAGUUCUAACUCCCGGCUUGGACGGACAUACAACGGUAACUUCGCUCUCUGGCUUUUCUCUGUCGAGUUUCGAUGCUGUGGAUGUUAGUAAAGGGGAACAUGAGCUCGCAGUCGCCACAGUCGGAGUUGAUGGAAGCCUUCGGUUCACAACAGCACACCAUGUCUCUCCUUCAACCUUCCAUACUCCUCAGAGGAACCAAAACUUACCGACAUCUGAAGCAGAUUUUGUCUCCGACCUGUCACAAGUUGAGAUUUUGAGUGGCGGGGAAAGUGAAGGGGGGUAUGGAGGGGAUUCAGUUUGUCAUGAAGAUCCUCAUGCCUCCCCCUCCCCCCAGGAACCUGUCCAAAAAGCUGUGAAGAAAAAGGGUGGAUGGCCUAAAGGCAAGCGCAGAAGGAAAACAUUGAGAGAUACAAAUGCACCUAAGGCCCCCCUUACAGGCUAUGUGCAGUUCCUAAAUGAGCAGCGAGAGAAGGUGCGCUCCGAACACCCUGAGCUUCCAUUCCCUGAAGUUACCAAAAUACUAGGUGCUGAAUGGAGCAAGAUGUCGCAAGAUGAUAAACAGAGAUAUCUUGAUGACGCUGAGAGAGACAAGGAGCGAUACAUCAUUGAACUGGAGAAUUAUCAGAAAACAGAUGCAUACAAAAGCUUUGUCAAAAAGCAAAUUGAAAGGAAGAGAAAAAGUAUUGAGAUGUCAGAUGGCUAUAGCACUACCAAUGGAAAUGGAAUAGAGCUUUGUGAGGAGGAUGACCUGUAUUGCAAGCCCUGUAACCAGUACUUCAACAACCUGCACAACAAGCGCGAGCAUAUCUACGGCCGCAAGCAUCUCCAAACUGUCAGCGGUAAACUUCAAGUGCCGGAAGAUGACGAAGAAGACCUCCCUGGAUUCAACGUUCCGAUCUUCACAGAAGAGUUCCUCAACCACAAUAAACACAGAGAGACGGAACUUCGUCAACUGCGCAAGACAGCAACAGAAUACGAGGAGCAAAACGGCAUGCUUAUGAAACACAUCGAGAAUAUGAAACAAGCGAUUGAGAAAAUCAGUAUCGAGACCAACACACAGCGUAACACCAACGGGCUCCUACAACAACACCUAGACUCGAUCCGGGCGGUCCUCACUCAAGGGUUCCAGGAUUUACCGUUACCCCAGAGUCACGAGGUGCCGUCAAUGGAAAGUAUAGAUACGUACAUGACCAAGCUAUACUCGGUCAUACUCGACUCGCCGCAGGAGAAUGAUACGUUAAUAAGUAGCGUUAGGGACAUCGUGUCAAGACUCUGCUUCCAGUCGGAAGGUGACAAAGAGCUCGACCCAACAUGAGAACGAAGGCAACCGUAAAAGAUAGUUGUAAUAUUUUUGUUAAAUUGGUGUAUAAAUGAAACAUAUAUAAUGUACAGUUUAA